UUCGCGAGUUCGACUCUUUGCCCACAUCCUGAGACCAAUUAUUUUACAAGACUCAAAACUCAUACCAGAUCACUUGCUCGGGCAAUCCUUGCAUUGUGUUGCCCUCUAAGGUUUGCCUACUUGAGUCGAAUCUGGAAUGGCGGUGCGAACUUGGCGUUUGGCCUCGGUGGCGCAUCCUGUCAGAAGCUUCAGCACAAGCAGCAGCAGCAAGAAUGCUGACUACCUGCAGGACACCGUCGUGCCAAUGCACCAUUUCCAGCGCAGCCUGCCACGCCUGCCAAUUCCGAAGCUCGAGGCGUCAUGCUCGCGCUACCUGGACGCCCAGCGCCCGCUGCUGGACGGGGAGAACUUCUCCCAGCACGAGAAGAUGCUCAAGGAAUUUGAGCAAGGCGUCGGCGCUGAGCUGCACAAGGAAUUGGUCGCCCAGGAUAAACAAAACAAACACACCAGCUACAUCACCGACUAUUGGUUUGACAUGUAUCUGAGAGACCGUUCACCUCUGCCUCUCAAUUACAACCCGUUCAUUGCAUUUACGGACGACACUAAUCCCGGUGGCAGCGAUCAGGUCACACGCGCAGCUACACUGGUGUCGUCAGCGGUGCGUUUCAUGCGUACCUACCGUGAUGGAAAGCUGCAGCCAGAACUUUAUCACAUGAAUCCAAAGCAGACUGAUAACGAUCGCAUCAAGAAGCGCCUCAGUUAUCUACCUGAAGUUGUGUCUUGGUAUGGUGCGUACCUGCACAAGAUCUUUCCCCUCGACAUGAGCCAGUACACGCGUCUGUUCAAUACUACACGCGUACCGUGCAAGCACAAGGAUGAGCUGGCUACCUAUGCUGGGCGACGCCAUGUGGCCGUUCUCUCUGGCGGAAACUUCUUCACGUUCGACGUGCUCAAGGAGGACGGCAGUGCUAUUCCGGUGGAGUGCAUUUACAGCUGCCUGCGUCAGAUCAAGGAACAGUCGAAUGAGCAGAACAAGGAGAGCAUUGCCUGCCUGACGUCCGACGACCGCAACCAGUGGGCCGCAGCGCGCCUCAAGCUGGUCGAAGACCCGCAGAACGCCAAGAACCUGGAGCUGAUUGAUAGCGCCGUGUUCAUGCUCGUCCUGGAGGAUGCGGAGCCGGAUUCCGUUGUCUCACUCAGCAACACAUUCCUGUUCGGAGAGGCGCACAACCGCUGGUUUGACAAGUCACUCCAGCUGAUUGUGUGCAAGGGUGGCAGAGCUGCAGUUAACUUUGAGCACGCCUGGGGCGAUGGCGUAGCUGUACUGCGCUUCCUCAACGAGGUGUAUGCCGACGUGAAGAAGCAUCCUUUCGAAAUGCCCCUGACCAUGGACAAAGUAUCAUUUCAAAGCCUGCCCUUCAAUCUGAACGACAGCCUGAAGAGUCACAUAGCAGCGGCUACUCGGCGCUUUGACGACCACACGCAGAAACUACGCAUGGCCACCAUCCAGUACCCUGGUAUGAACAAGAAGUUCUUGAAGGACAAGAAGCUGAGUGGUGAUGCUAUUCUCCAGUUUAGCUUGCAGCUUGCAUUCUACCGCCAGCAUGGCUACACACCAGCCACGUAUGAAUCAUGCAGCACAGCAGCAUUCAAGCACGGCCGAACGGAAACAGUACGUCCCGCCACGGUUGAGACGGUGGCUGGUGUGGCCGGCUUUGAGAACAAGACCUCGCCGCUCAGCAAGGAAGAGCUACGUGCACUCAUUGACAAAGCCUCUGAGAAGCACAGCACACUCAUCAAGCAGGCUGCAACAGGUAACGGCUUUGAUCGUCAUCUGUUUGCACUGAAGAAGAUCGCCGAGGCAUCCGGCAAGUCCGUUGACCUAUUUAGCUCGCAUGGCUACAAGGACCUGAACCAUAUUGUACUAUCCACCAGUACCUUGUCCAGCCCGGCUGUCAUGCUGGGUGGAUUUGCACCCGUCGUCAACGACGGUCUCGGAGUCGGUUAUCGCGUCGACGACAACUGCAUCGCAUCGCAGGUCACGGCCUAUCACGGUUACCGCGAUCCAGACGGUUUCGUUGCCGCGCUCGAGAGCAGCUUGAGGGAUAUCCAGCAGGUGUUCGACGAGUGAGCAGACAGCUGCGUAGCUUGUUGCUGACCGAAGCAUGCAGCGUGUACCUGUAGCUAAUUGUAGCGAGUGUAGUACAGUCGUCCCUCUCUAAUCCGGCACUUUAUAAUCCAGCACCCUCGAUAAACCAGCACAAUUUUCAGUAGCCAAAAUGUCCUCUUCAUGCACAUUGCAGCAGUAAAUCAGAUUUGUUAAUCCAGCACCCUCCCUAAUCCAGCAGAUUUUCGUGGCACAAAUGGUGCCGGAUUAUAGAGGGACCACUGUACUAGUUAGCAUACUGCUGAGGAUGGUUUGGAGGAUACCAGUCAGCUGGCCCUGUCCACUCCUCGAAUUUCCAGCAUCAAAUGCAGCUGCAGCAGCAGCAGCAUUCCUUCUCACGUUAUCUAUCGUCAGUCGUUGUAGUGUACGGAGGACCAGCCAGCUGGGCCUGCCUGGCCUGCAGCAUUCCUUCUCACGCUACCUUCAGUUGUUGUAGUGUAUGGAGAGCUUCCCUAUUACAAAGACACGUGCACGCAUGAGACACACAUGCAAACACAUAUCCGGACACACACACACACGUUUAUACUGAGAUGCCGUAUUACAGCUGUUAGUGCAUGCGAAGUUUGAGAACUGCUUGGCAAAUACCCUUUUUACAGAAGCAAUGUAAUUUCAAUGCAAAAUAUUAUGUAAUAUACAUGGUAGAGGUGUUUAAAGAUUGUCUUUCUUUAUUGCUUGACUAUAUUUUGAUUACUCUCCUUCAACUCUUCCGCAUUGUCUUUCGUCCUAAUCAAUGCCUCAAUCAGCUUUACAUUCCUUUCAAUAAGAACAUAGCAGGGCAGCGGCAGCAGUGCCUAUCACCCUGCUACAGAUACCUAAAUUCUA